GAAUUUUUUCUGCUCCCUGUCAUCCUUUUCGGUGGCGCUUUUUGGUGGGUGCUCCCUCUUUUUGCUGAGGUGGUGUGGCCGUGGCAGCUGGACCGUGGACGCUCUCCCCCAAUCUGCAUUCGCUGUAGAGCAAUAGAUUGACUGCUACAUCCUCUCGAGGCGAUGCGCUUGUGACUCCGGCAAUCAGCGGUGGCAGUGCAGGCAGAUAAUCCCAGUACAAUUGUUCUGUGGCCUUUGACCAUUUGCCUGAUGGCGGGUUUUGAGGAAUUCGACUUUUCCUCACCCCUGGUAGAUUUGCCCUCCGUUGAGAUGGCUUUUGCCUAUGGCUCCGGCGUCUUUCCACAGGGUGCGGAAAGCAGGGCAGGCAAAAAGGAGGAGGCGCCGAUGGUUGACUACAUCCUAGCAGUCCAGAGUCCCCCCGAUUGGCACGCCGCCAACAUUCAGCAGAACCGGCACCACUACUCGGCGCUCUCCUACUUGGGGCCGCAGGCUGUGGACUGGGUUGCGGAGCGGAUUGGGGUUGGUGUGCAUUUCAACACGCUGGUGCCCUGGCGAGACAGACUAAUCAAGUACGGGGUGAUUGACGUGGCGCGCCUGACGCACGACCUGCAGACAUGGGAGAGCUUGUACAUCAGCGGCCGCAUGCACAAACCCGUCAGGAUGCUUAUUGACCACUCCCCGGUUAACGCCGCUAACCAAGUCAACCUGCGGGCAGCACUUGCGACAGCCCUACUGCUUCUCCCACCCACCUUCACAGACGAGGAGCUGUAUACGUCCAUCUGCGGCCUGUCCUACACGGGCGACGUGCGCAUGCGCUUCGCUGAAGACCGCGGCAAGGUGCGCAAGAUCGUGCUCGGGAGCCUCCCCCGGUUCGUCGACCUGUACGAGGAGCCCGUGCGGCGGCUGCAGCUGGCGAGCGUCCCGGUAGACUCCCCCGGGGGAGCAGCGGACGGCCUUUGGCGCCAGGACGACAGCCCAACCGGCCGAGCCUCCCUCUUUCACCACCUUCCUUUCACACUCCUCGAAAGCAUUGCCGUGGCAGCCGGACACGUUUUCCCGGCCGGCACCCGGUUCCACCCCGGAGAGUUGUCCGCUAUUCUCGGUCAAACGCUCGAGUCGACGAGCAUACAGAGACAAAACGGGUUCAUCACAAGCGCAAUAGCGAGCAUAGUGCAGCACUCGAGUCGGCGCCAAGCGGUUGCCGGCUUUCUCUCUGCUGGGUUGCUCAAGUCCGCGAAGUAUUUUGGACGCAAGCUGUUGAAAGCACGAGGAGGUCGGACUUGAAAGCUUUUGUGUCUAUUUCCGCCAGAUCUGGCCCGGCCAACGGAUGAAAUAGUUUGCUUUACAUGCCUUCCUGAUAAUUGAUCUUAAUCAGCCACGCGCAGGCUCAGGCAUGCACGUCCGAGUCGCUCCUUCUUAAGCACGUGGAUCAAUAAGCUGACGGC